AGGAUGAGGAUGUGAGCUGCAGCCGUUUCUGCUGUUCAGAUAGACUACUGUACGUAGCUGGGAAAUGCUGCUGUUGCGAGGAUGUCAGCUUCUGAAGCAGCGCUAGCAGUCAAGAGGCUUUCCAUCUUUUCCUCAAUAAUGGAUUUUUGUGUGGAAAGGAAGAAGACGGGAGAAAUGGUGGGGAAACACAGGAGGCUUACAAGCGGAAGACUCCAUUUCCUGGACACCUUGUAAAAUCCCAUGAAUGAGGCACCGAGACUGCACAAUAAAAACCUUGCUGGAAGAGCAGCUGGGUGUACAGGGAUUAGCAGAAAAUUGGAAGCUGUUUGAAGUUGGGAUUGUUGCUUGAGCAGGAAAUGGAAACAUGAAUGACAUUGAGGAGGAGACAAUAUUCCUGCAAGGAGGUCCUGAGAAUUCUAAAGCUCAUGAAUUGUUCUGUGAAUUAUUUGCCAUGGAUGCCAGUCCUGGCUCAGAAAAGGUGUGUGAGAUCCAGGACAUUGAUUCUUCAGAGGAGGGGCAAGAAAAGACCACUCAUUGUGAAAGAGGCUUCAGGAAACGGAAGGACACUAUUGUUCAUCAAAACACUCUUCGAGGGGAGAAACCGUACAUCUGUGUUGAAUGUGGGCAAAGCUUCAACCGGAGCUCAGACCUGGUCAGGCAUCAAAGGAUACACACAGGAGAGAAGCCACACAUAUGCAUGGACUGCGGAAAGAGCUUCAGUCGGCAUUCCCACCUCAUUCAGCAUGGGCGGAUCCACACAGGAGAGAGACCAUACAAGUGUCAAGACUGUGGGAAAACCUUUAGCCAGAGCACACACCUUGUCCAGCAUCAGCGCAACCACACUGGGGAAAGGCCUUACGUGUGUGGCAAAUGUGGAAGACACUUCUACCAGAACUCGGGCCUCCUUCGGCACGCCAACUGCCACAUGGGGCAGAAACCAUACAGGUGCCCAGAUUGUGGGAAACGUUUCAGUGAUAGCUCUAACCUUGUGGCUCACCAGAGACUUCACACGGGUGAGAAACCCUACAAAUGCGCUGACUGUGGAAAAUGUUUCAGCGAGAGCUCUAAACUGUCCAUCCACCAACGGACUCACACAGGAGAGAAACCUUACGUGUGUUCAGAAUGUGGGAAAAGCUUCAGUCAGGGCUCUCAUCUCAUACAGCAUCACCGAACGCACACGGGUGAGAAGCCAUAUGAAUGCUCUGAAUGCAGCACCAGCUUCAGUGACAAGUCCACCCUGAUCAGGCACCAGAGGACCCACACGGGGGAGAAACCCUUUAUGUGCAUGCAGUGUGGGAAAAGCUUCAGUCGCAACGCCUACCUUGUUGCUCACCGGAGAGUGCAUAAGUGUGGUUCUUUUGUGAAAAUUAAAAAGAAAACAGAAGCAAUGGGGAAACACAGAGAGGCUACAAAUGGAAGAUGACAUUGUCUGGAACCCCAGUCAAAUAUUGUGAAUGAGGCAAUUGCAUGGCCAGUGCCAUCUCUGGAAGCACACCCUCCUCACCGUCUCUGAAAUGAUUCCACUUACUCUCAUUACUUAAGGAAAUCCUGCCUGUGAGGGGCCUCAGUGUGCCGUUUCUGGAAAAUGGGGAGAAGGUUUGCCUGGAUCCUAGUGUGGAGUGAAUCAAGCAGAUUGUCACAAACUUCUUAAAGAAUAACAACAAGCUCUGAAGGGAACCUUGGAGCUGGGUGUGGAUCUGAAACAGAAGAGGCAGAGAGAGAGAAAACAAUUGGAAAAGCUGGAAUUGAAACCUUUUUAUGAUCUUUAAACAACCCUCAACUACUGCCUUACUACUUUCCCCUUGUACUUAUUAUUGCAAUUAUUUGUAUUUAAAGUAUUUAUUACUACAUCUGUUUGCAGCCAUCUGAUCAACUCAGCAUGCUAGUGUGAAAGCAAAGGGGACUGAAUGAGCAUCGCAACACUCGGAUGCCUUUCAGGUUGUUUUUUAAUAUAGUGUGAACCGCUGUGAGCAUUGUUUUUACAAUGGAAGGGUAGGAUAGAAAUAUGUCUUAAUAAGUAGGAUGUGAUAUUUCGGUAUCAUUACUAAAAUGUUUUUGAGAAAAAAGGAGCAUGAUCUAGCUUAAUAGAUAUAUUAAGGCUGCAAUCCUAUGUACACUUACAUGAGAGUAAGUCCCAUGGAACACAGUGGGGGUUAUGUCUAAGUAGACCUGCAUAGGAUUGGCUGCCAGUCCCUUAACUGGAUCUGGCAGCCAGAUUUCAUGGGGAGAGAUUUAAGGAUAUGCUUACAGCUGCAAUCCUAUGCAAACUUACGUUUGAGGAAAAGUUUUGAAAGCAGUGGGGCUUACUUCUUAAACAUGCAUAGGAUUUCAGUGAGACCUGAGUGCUGAA